GUCUCCACACCGGAGGCACCAUGCAUACACACCUGCUCUACACCACGCUCAGCCUCCUGCUCACACGCACUGCAGCCUCCGACGCCCUGGACGACGGCUGGUCCAUGACGAUGCCCAGCGAGGUGCGGGCGAUUGAGGGCUACCCUGUGGUGCUGCCCUGCUCCUUCACCCAUCCGCACCACACAUACCACUCCUCUAUCCAGGUGGUGUGGCGUCUGGGCCACAGCGUGAGCUCCACCGUCCUCUUCCAGUGCACCAGCCUGAACGACAGCCAUCGCUGCCAGGCGCGGCCCGGCCAGGACCAGCGCUACCGGCUGGAGGGGAGCCCGCGCGAGCACGACCUGUCGCUGCGCAUCAGCAGCGUAGCCCUACGGGAUGGCGGCCGCUACUACUGCCGCCUGGAGGUGCCCGGACACCCGCCUGCCGUCUUCGAGAACAGGAUGGGCACGCGGCUACGAGUGGAAGCUCCCCCGCGCAUCCUGGGCUUGUCAGUGAUGCCCAGUGUCGAGACGGCGGCGACCGCCACAGCGUCCGGCUUCAAAGCCGUGUGCCGCGUGCAGGGGUCCCCGUUACCGGACGUGCAGUGGGUGAGGGGGGGAGCUGCUGAGGAGGAGGUGGAGGUGCUGGAGGGAGCCCCCGCGUACCCCCUCCACCACCACCAGGACACCCCCAAUCAGCACGUCACCUCCAGCCAGCUGCAGGGCGUGCAGCCCGGGGGACAGUACACGUGUGCAGCCUCCAACCCCCUGGGUAAGGACCAGGCCACCCUCUUCAUCCUCCCCUACGUGGAGGAGUCCGGGGGCCCAGCCUCGGACGCCAGCCCCUCUCCUCUGAUACUGCUCUUCUCCGUGUCCCUGGGUGCCAAGGUGGCACUGCUGCUGGGCAUGGCCCUGUGGGCCGCUAAGGGGCACCUCGCCUCAUGGCUGCACUGUGCUGCCGAUACUUAAAGGUACACUGUGCAGGAAAUGGUCAAAACGGGCACUGCAACUAUGCUGCUCAUUGA